AUGAAGUACCAUUUUUGUUCUUCAGGUGCUUUUCUCUUCGUCUUCCUCAUCCUUGUGACAAUCUGUUUGAGUAUUGAAGCUCAAACCUCCAAUCCAAGUCGCAAAAUAGUUAUUAAAAAGUCUCCUCUGGUGUCCAAGCAUACAAAAGCAACAUUGACAAUCAACAGCUUCGAGAAAGGUGGUGUUGGUGGCGGACCGUCUGAAUGUGAUGGUAAAUACCACUCCGAUAACACCAUGAUUGUGGCAUUGUCGACCAGUUGGUACAAUGGUGGGAAGAGGUGUUCAAACUACAUUACCAUAAAUGGUAAUGGAAGGAGUGUGAAAGCCAAGGUUGUCGAUGAGUGUGACUCAACAAGAGGAUGUGCUGAUGACAUUGUUGAUGGCUCUAGAGCUGUUUGGAAGGCCUUGGGAGUUAAGGAAAGCAGCAGGGAUUGGGGUGAAAUGAAGGUAUUCUGGUCUGACGCCUGA